GGACGCAAGAGGAGUUCAAAGGAUAUGCAUCCAGGCCCAGACAUGAUCCGAAUUCACAUCCUGGAGGGAAAGGCUUUGGUGUGGAAUUACGCUGAUGCACGGCGCAUCCGAGAGGAGCAUCGCAUAGUUGGCACGCUGUUUGGGGCAUUGGCUCGUAAGCCACGCCAGAACGUGAGGCUGGGGCUUCCUCUGCAGUUGCUCCCGGAAGAAGCCCGGCUGCUGCUGGAAAACGGCCUGGCAAUCCUGUGUAAAAACCCAGCAUCCCCAGCCCUUGGGGAGGAUACAAGCCAGGAGGUGGCUGCUUACCAAAAAGAGCUGGAAGAGAACUAUCAGGAGCAGUUUCGCCUUGCGGCUGAACAGCGGAAGGCCCUCCUGGACACUCUGGCGGAACGUAUAGCCCAGGGCCGGGCAAAGAAGAGGCAACGGGAAGGUGGAGAAGAGCCUUCCUCCAAGCUUGCAGAGCCCAGUUUUGUGCUUCCUCGAGACUCAAUGAUGGUGCAGCUCCCAACAGAAAGGAUCAACCCAGGCCAAGAAGAAGUGGUGGACUGGCACGUCCCUUCCAAAGACUGGCCCUACGCGGGACAACCAGACCAUGAGGCGCAUUAUCGCAUUUUCCGAAACCUCUGGGAAAGGGGCUUCUAUGUCACCAGUGGGAGCAAGUUUGGGGGCAACUUCCUUGUUUAUCCAGGUGAUCCCAUGCGGUUCCACGCUCAUUACAUUGCCCUCUGUGUCCCUCGAGAUACCCCUCUCUCCUUGUGUGACAUCAUCAGCGCUGGACGCCUGGGUACCAACGUCAAGAAGACCGUUUUGCUCUGUUCAGCAGACGAAGAUGGGACUGUGGUAUAUACAUCUUUACAAUGGACAGGGAUGCAGUGAGAACAGGGCUGUCUUCAUGAAUGAACUAUGGUUAUAUCUCCUAUGGCUGUGUCUUGUUCACGUUUGACAUGUAUAGGUAAAGAACGUGUGGGCUU